GCGUGGCUCAACGGGAAAAUGGUGGACCACAGCUGCAGUGGAUUUCAAUCGCCCGUGUUGUGGAUUUUUUCUGUUACAUUUGUAGUCAAAAUGUGUUUGAUGGUUCUCGGGUUGAGAGCUGUAGACGCUGAGGGUCAAAUUGAAGAUGCAUUCCGUGCAGGAAAUACAGUAUUUUCACCGACCACUGCAGCAGCACGGGAUCUACGGUAUCUUCUCUACGAUGUCAACCCACCAGAGGGCUUCAACCUGCGUCGGGAUGUCUACAUCCGCAUGGCAUCCCUGGUGAAGACCCUGAGGAGACACGGUGACUGGGUGCUGGUGCUGCCCCCCUGGGGGCGUCUCUACCACUGGCAGAGCCCAGACAUCCACCAGACAAGAAUCCUCUGGGGAGAGUUCUUCAGCCUCACCAGUCUUCAGGGCAAUGUGCCAGUCAUAGAAUACGAGGAGUUUAUAGCCGAGUCUGGAGGUCCGUUUAUUGAACAGGUGCUGGUGCUACAGAACUACGCUGAAGGGUGGACGGAUGGAAAAUGGGAGGAGAAAGUGGAUGCGAGACCCUGCGUUGAGCGGUUAAUGUACUCCAAAGACAAACAGGGCUAUUACAGAGGUUGGUUCUGGGGCUAUGAGGAAACCAGGUGUGUGAAUGUCACUUGUCUUUCAGCUCAGGGCCACGCCUCCAUGCUGGCACCCCUCCUGCAGAACAACAUCACAUCAACGUCAGUGAUGUUGGAUAGAGCAGAGACUGUCCUCCAUGAUCACUACGCUGGAAAGGACUACUGGAAUACUCGCCGCAGCAUGGUCUUCGCCAAACACUUGCGUCUCCUAGGGGACGAGUUCCGAGCAAAGUACCUGAACUCCACAGACGAGCAGGACCAGACCGUAUACAACGAGGACUGGACUCUCAUUAAGAAUAAGCUGGGUUCUGCCAGAGGGGGGCCAUACCUGGGUGUCCACCUGAGAAGGAAGGACUUUAUCUGGGGUCACAGAGAGGAUGUGCCCAGCCUCAAAGGAGCUGUGAAGAAGAUCAUGAGCCUCAUGAAGAAAACCAAACUAGACAGAGUCUUUGUGGCCACAGAUGCAGAUGAUGAAGAGCUGGCGGAGCUGAAGAUGAUGUUACCAGAGAUGACACGCUUUGAGCCCACCUGGGACGACCUGGAACUACUCAAAGAUGGGGGCGUGGCUAUCAUCGACCAAUGGAUCUGCGCGCAUGCCAGGUAUUUUAUCGGAACAUCCGUGUCGACCUUCUCCUUCCGUAUCCAUGAGGAGAGAGAGAUAUUGGGAUUUGAACCCAAAACCACCUACAACCGCUUCUGUGGGGACAGUGAGAAUGAGUGUGAACAGCCCACACACUGGAAAAUAGUCUACUGACUCAUCAAUGCAAAACCCCACUCAAGACCUCUUUAAAACAUGCCAAAAGCAGUGUUGAAGUUGAUAUCUUUCUUUUUUUAUAUAUAUAUAUACGCUACCCUUAAGUUCGGGGUCACUUAGAAAUGUCCUUGAUUUUGAAAGAAAACCUUUUUUUUUGUCCAUUUAAAAUGACAUCAAAUUGAUCAGAAUUACAGUGUAGAUAUUGUUAAUGUUGUAAAUGACUAUUGUAGCUGGAAACGGCAGAUUUUUUUAUGGAAUAUCUACGUAGGCGUACAGAGGCCCAUUAUCAGCAACCAUCACUCCUGUGUUACAAUGGCACGUUCUGUUAGCUAAUCCAAGUUUAUCAUUUUAAAAGGCUAAUUGAUCAUUAGAAAACCCUUUUGCAAGUAUGUUAGCACAGCUGAAAACUGUUGUCCUGAUUUAAAGAAGCAAUAAAACUGGCCUUUAGACUA